AUUCUCAGAUUGAGGUACUUCUUGUAUUUGUACCUCUUCAGAAGGAAGUGCAUGAUUGCAUUUUUUUUUCCAGCUGUAGCUUUUUUUUUCCUUACUUUUGGGCAGUGUAUACUGUACAGAUCUUAAUUGAGUAGUAUACUAAGACUUAUAGACCCAUUCUUGAAUUGUUCCAACAAUGGUAGAAGUAUAAAUUCUCCCCCAUUAUAAUAGGCAGUCUUAAUACUGUUAAGUAUACUCAAAGGAUGCAUGCAGUCCAUAGUAUUCCAAUGAAAUUGUGAACUUCCCUCAGCAGCAAUAUAAUACAUCUUAUGUGCGUCAGGUUCUUAUUGACCAUGGAGUUUUUACUAGUCUACAUCAUGUUCUAACUCAACAUGUCAGAAGUAGCAUCUCGAGGAAAACUUGCUGGGCAAUCUCAAAUAUGACAAUUGGGAAUAGACGAAAAAUACAGAAAGUGAUUGCGGCAGAUAUUAUCCCUCCUCUUGUCAAUCUCCUUCAAGAUGAACAAUAUGAAGCUGAGGUCAAGUGGGAAGCUGUGUGCGCUUUGUCAAAUGCCACCCUAAGGGGAUCAAAAGAGCAUAUUAAGUACCUGGUGAACCACGAUUGCAUUGCAUAUUUCUGUGAACAUCUGCUCUGUCCAGACAGCAGGACACAAAGAUUGUGCCUUGUGGGACUGAAGAACGUCCUUAAGGUGGGUGAGGCUGAGAAAGGCAAUGGGAUUAAUCUUUAUGCAAAAAUGAUCAAAGAAUGGGAUGGAUUUAGCAAAAUUGAGAACCUGAAAACCAGUCCAGACACUGGUGAGAUGGCUACCAAUAUCUUGAGAAGCUACUGGCGAAGGCAAGGAUGAAAAUCUGCAAGAUAAGGGAGAAGAAAGCAAGCGAAGUUUAGUAACAUGAUCUAAUUAUUUCAUGCCUUGACAUUUUUGUAUGU